UGACGAACGACUGGCGUGGACUUUGCACCGUUUCUCCCCAUAAAAGACUUGGAUCUAACUGAAUAUCUACCCAGAAACGAGAGGAAACUUACGCUAAGAUAAUGGAGCGUUCACUGGUCGAAAGUGUGUUUUUGUUCAGUUUAAAUGUUGCGGGUUGGUUUUGGGGUGUUGUUAGCUUUGUGCCUUGGUACUACUUGACAGGAAGGCAAAAUCUCGUAAGAAGACAGAAAAUUCAAGCCAAACCAACUAGCCCAGUGCCGGGUGCUCCAUAUCGAGAUGUAGAACACUUUGAUGCUUUAGUUACUACUCUGUAUAAAGGAAUAACCACCAUGGACCAGUUGUUUAGGAGGGCAGUUCAGYUAUAUGCAUUCAGGAAAUGCCUUGGUACCAGAGAAAUAUUGCAAGAAGUCGAUGAGGUGCAACAAAAUGGAAGAGUUUUCAAGAAACAAGUCAGAGGAGAAUAUCAUUGGUUGACGUUUGCACAAGUUGAUGAUAGAGCAAGAAACUUAGGGAAUGGUUUAACUGCACUUGGGCAGGAAAGGAAGAAAAACAUAGUUAUUUUCGCAGGAACAAGAGCAGAAUGGAUGAUUGCACUACAGAGCUGCUUUGCAAACUCAUUUCCAGUUGUCACUAUCUAUGCAACCCUGGGAGAUGAUGCUGUUGUUCAUGGUAUCAAUCAGACAGAUGUGGAGUUUGUCAUAACAGAUGCAGAGCUGUUACCCAAAUUAGCAGCAAUAGCUCACAAGUUAAAAAAUGUCAGACAUAUUAUUUACAUUGGUGAGAUCAGCAAAUCAGCAAUGAUUGACUUUCCAAGAAACAUGAAAAUGACAUCAAUGCACGACGUUGAAGAAUUGGGAUCAAGACCAGAAAAUACUCUAUUUUUGCAAUUUAUUUUUGGUAAGAUACGUAAUCUCCUUGGUGGUCGUGUACGUCAGAUGCUUAGUGGAGGAGCRCCGUUGUCAGCAGAUACACAGAGCUUCAUGAAUGUUUGCUUCUGUUGUCCAGUUGUACAAGGAUAUGGUCUGACAGAAACAUGUAGUGGUGGWACUAUUUGCAAUUCCUGGGAUAUGACAGCAGGACGCGUUGGCCCACCAAUUCCAAGCACGGAAAUAAAACUUGUCAGUUGGGAAGAAGGUGGUUAUACUAUUCGAGACAAGCCACACCCAAGGGGUGAGGUGGUUAUUGGGGGAGCCAAUGUUACUUUGGGYUACUUCAAGAACCCCAAGAAAACAGCUGAGGACUUUGAAGUGGACAGGAAUGGCCAGCGGUGGUUUCAUACUGGAGACAUUGGAGUAUUUCAUGAUGAUGGAUGUCUUCAAAUCAUUGAUCGCAAGAAAGACCUCGUCAAGCUUCAAGCUGGUGAAUAUGUGUCACUAGGCAAGGUUGAAGCUGCCUUGGCGCAAAGCCAGUACUCAGAGAAUGUAUGUGCUUAUGCUGACAGUCUCAAGACAUAUGCUGUAUGCCUUGUAGUACCCAGACCCAAACAGCUUAAACAGUUAGCAGCUAGUAUGAGUAUACCUACAGAGGACUGGAAUGCACUSUGUAGYAAYGCAGCAAUCACUAAAGCUGUCCUUAAAGAUCUACAGACUGUUGGUAAAUCAGCAAAACUAGAAAAGUUUGAGAUUCCACAGAAAAUCACCUUGGUGGCAGAACAAUGGACACCAGAAUCAGAACUUGUGACAGCAGCAUUAAAACUCAAAAGAAAYAAUAUUACUUCAUUUUAUCAUGACACUUUGCAGGCUAUGUACAAUUGAACUCUAAGUUUGUUAGCAUAAUUACUAGAGCGGAUUUCGUAUGAGUGGGAAACGGACGGUACUGUACUGUGUCCGUAAUCGUACUGUAACCAAAUUACUGUUCCCCAUUGUUUCACCAAAAUUCUGCAGGCCAGGCGUGGUAACUGUGCGGUAACCGUGCGGUAACGGUGUCCCGCUCAUACGAAAUCCGCUCUAUUCUGGUUGUGAUUGURUGAUUAACAUACUUUCUAAUGCAUAUGCAUUUUUUUUUCACUAAUCACUAACUCUUGUGAUGAAUCGCAAAAUUACAAACUUUUGUUGUGAAAGAACAUGAGUUUUUAGCUUUCUUUCACAGGAGAAGGGUAGAGUUAGAGUUUACUAUUUCAAAAAGAAUUAGUUUUGUUAUAUACUUAAUAUGAAUAUAUUUUUGGUGGAACAUAACAUCUUUUUUUUUUCAAUUUUUGCCUCUGUACUAGUGACAAUCAAGAAUUAACGUUCAUUGCAUGCAUUGUCCUGGCUUCACCAUGUAUGUUAACUCAAAUGUCUUUGGACACUAAUUAUUAUUAUUAUUAUUUUAAUAUCUAGAUAUUUUAAAAUAUCAUUACAUUUUGAAAGUUUUCCUUUGUAUUUGAAAUUAUUAAAUCCAAAGAGUUUAUAAAAUCACAGACUUCAACUAUAAUAUUUUGAGGAGAUGGUGUUCUUGAGAAUUGGAGAAAAGAUAUAUACCAAGAGUGUCAUGUUCUUGUACAUGUACGUAUUACCAUCAUUUGUAUUGUUACACUAGCCCAAACAAAAUUUCUAGCAUAUGAUAAUUAUUUGCAAGUAGAAAAUAUCAAGAAAAACUUGUCAAAGCACUUUCAACUGACUGACGGCAAGUUGGCGAAAGUGUAAUUGCAAGCCUUGAAGUAUAUUUGGGUUGGUUUCAUAACAAUGCAAACAAUGGUGAAAGUAAGUCAUCUGCUUUUUGCCGUUUGUACCAAUUAUAUUUGUGGAACAUAAAGUGAAUUAUUAAAACACUUAUCUAUUGUUCAACAAUUUUUUAAGAACUGAUGAUAAUAGAGGUCAAUAGAAUGUGAAUAGAUUUAUUUAUUUAUGUUUUGUUUGCUAUUGUAAUUCCAUACUUCCCUGCAUUAAUUGUACACUCCAUGUUCUAUCAAAUUUAUGAAAGUAUUAUUUUUUUAUACAUUUAUGUGUCAAAUUCCAAUAAAACGACAAUCUUUUGGUUGAAUUAAAAGAAAGGUUUGAAAAGA